AUGUCCGGCGCACCAAGACAAGGCGGUCCAAGAAGAGGCCCAAGAAGAGGCAGAAGAGGUCAAGACGACGAGAAGAGCUGGGUCCCAGUCACCAAGCUCGGAAGACUCGUGAAGGCCAAGAAAAUCACCUCUGUUGAGGAGAUCUACCUCCACUCCCUGCCAGUUAAGGAGUACCAAAUCAUCGAUGAGCUUGUUCCAGGUCUCCAGGACAAGGUCAUGAAGGUUCUGUCUGUCCAGAAGCAGACCAGAGCCGGUCAAAGAACCAGAAUGAAGGUCGUCGUUGUCGUUGGUGACUCCAACGGCCACGUUGGUCUUGGUAUCAAGGUUGCCAAGGAGCUUGCUACUGCCAUCAGAGGCGCCAUCAUCAUUGCCAAGUUGGCCCUGAUUCCAGUCAGAAGAGGUUACUGGGGCUCCAACCUUGGUUCUCCUCACUCUAUUGCCAACAAGUGUUCUGGUAAGUGUGGUUCCGUCAACGUCAGACUGAUCCCUGCCCCAAGAGGUUCCGGUAUCGUUGCCUCUCCAGCCGUCAAGACCAUGUUGCAAUUUGCUGGUAUUGAGGACAUCUACACCACCUCCUCUGGUUCUACCAGAACCACCGAGAACACUCUGAAGGCUUGUUUCGCUGCCAUUGGUUCUACCUACGGUUUCUUGACUCCUAACUUGUGGAAGGAGUUCGCUCUUACCGACUCUCCAUUGGACGUCUACGCCGACGAGGCUCUGGCUGCCAAGAAGAGAUACUAA